AUGGAAUCAGGCAACCAAACAGCUCUAGCUUUGAUACCUAUUACGUUGAUCGGUGCUAUUCUCAACUGGUCCAUCCUCUAUGCUAAUCGUAAAUUAUCAUUUUUCAACAACUCAUUCGGUUACUUAUCCGCUAAUCAAGCUUUUGUGGAUGCUCUCCACUCCACAAUAUUCUUACUCUACUUCUGUCCAAUGGUCUUACUAGAUCAGCCCGUAAUAAAACACUACUCCUUUAUAAUGGGCCAUGUCUUGCUCUUCUGUUACGAGUCAUCUGUUCUCACCCAUUUUCUAAUCUCAAUCAAUCGAUUCUGUGCUGCGUGGAAUCCUCUGAGCUAUGAUAUGUUCCGAUUCGCGAGACGAUUCUCGCAAUUCUCGCUGUUUCUCGUUCUCGCAUUACUCGCAUUUUAUAUUUUAGUCUUGCGUGAAUGCGAGAAUAUUUUCAUUCUCGCAAAUGCUCGCAUAUUUCUCGCCUCGCAAAUGCUCGUUCUCGCACGUGAUCGCAUUUUCUAA